CUCACGGUAGCCCCCGCCCGCAUCCCGUCGCCCGUCCGCGGCGUCCGCAGUCAACGAUUGUUGUUUGAGCUGAAAACUUAUUUCGUUUGCAUUUUUCCAGAGUGUUCUUUAAAAAAAUUAGUAAAUUGUCCUUUUAUUGUGUUACCUAUAAUGGAAUUAGACUUGAAACAAUUCCCUGAAACGCUCAGACUGCUUCAAAACGUUGUACAUGCAGUGAAGAAUAAAGAGGACCUGAUAUAUAAGGGAGUAUAUCGCGCUUCCAUACUAACCGGUAUUCCUGUUAAUUCUCUGCAAUUGAUUAAAACAUUGACUGUUACCAAAUUAAUUGAAGUUGAUCGCUCAUUGAUAUACAAUACGCAUAUAAAUUUUUGUAAAUCGAACGAUAAUUUUCCUACCACCGAGGAUUUAUAUACAGAAUUUCAAAACAGACUACCGAUCUAUAUAGAUGUGGGUAGCUUCAGAAAAAUGUUAAUACAGAUGGACUACGUAUGGAAGAAGAUUCGAGAAGACUUGCUCAUUGUCAUAGAAAGACCGCAAGUCACGUAUGAGAGGUACCACUAUUUAACUAAUGUAACUGAUGCCAACAAUACGAAUUCGCCUAUUUACUUUGUAACCGAGUAUUAUAUUGAUAAAAAUGGCAAAAUGAAUGUUUAUUCCGAUGAUACUGAGACUGCUAAUAUGGUUGUGAAAUUCAUAUGCGCUAUCACGGUGUUGUACGGACCGAAAUUUGUAGAGAAAAUAGAUGACUUCAAUGAGAGAACGUUCGAGAAUUGGAUGGUGAGUAAUCUAUUACCAAGUAUACUGAUCCCUGCUGUUAUAGUGGUAUCAGAUAGAGCACACCACAAUAAGAAAUAUACUGAACCACCGACACUGAACAGUCUGCGAAUAGAGAUCAUAGAUUGGUUAGAAAAACACGAUGUUCCAUACCACAUAGAUAUGUCUAAAUAUGAGCUUAUGUGUUUAGUCAAACAGUACACAGAUACAAAAGCGAAUGUGUAUAAAAUUGAUAACUUGUUCAAAGCUUACGGACAUAAAAUUUUGAGAUUACCAAAACACUUGGAGCUGUUAACACCGGCGUUUUAUUUGGCCGAAAUGUUGUCAACUAGUAUGCCCAAAUUAAAAGAGGAUUCGAAUAUGCAUUUGGUCAAAUACGUCACGAGCACGUUACCCAUAGUAGAAAAGGCGAAGAUAAAUGAUAUAUUUAAUUUCAUUUUUAAAGAAUAUAAGAAAAUAAUGGAUCAAGAUAAAGAGUUGGAUAAAUAUUGGGAUUUGUAUAUGACGAAUAGUUUAACUAAACCGGCCUAUGUAGACACAGUGUUGCCAAUAUUCAGCGCUGAGGAGUAAGCACUUACAAUAUUUUUUUGCAGUUUAUACGACAUGGAACAUUUUGUCUAUUUUGUUUAUAUAAGCAUGGAAUUGAGGCUUAAGAAGUUAAAAUACCGACUGGAAAUUACAAUGUGAACAAAGAUUUGAUAAUAAAUUUGUCCUUAAAACGUUCCUUUUCUGUGAUUCGAUGACACAAUUAAAUGAAGGCGGAAUGAAAAAUUGCUGUAUUUGUAUGACACCUUUUUCUACCUAUUACUUAUGGCUAUUCCGGAAUGUAAGAGAAACGGAAGACAUACGCCAUAUCAUACAAAUUCUGUUUUUUUUUUGCUUAAAUUUUUGAGUUCAUGUUGCUUUGCAUUCUUCAUAUUAUUUACUGUUGACAAGUAUCAGACUGAUCUCUUGAUAUUACAGUUAAACGUAAUUAUGAAUUCUAUUCUAUGAAUAUAUGAUACAUAUUCUAUCGAUGUUUGAUACUUACGGCUUUAUAAAAUUAUUUUCAAAUUACAAUCCCAAACUUUUUAAAAUUUAUUUUAUUGUAUUGCCUUUUGUAAUACUUUUUAUUAAAAUUUACUGUAUAAAUGGUGCAAUAAAACAA